AUGCGUCUAAUCUCCUUGGGGGUGGUGGGAGAAAAAGGUCCCAAUGUAAAGGCAUUCCAUGCUCUCCAGCUGCGGCCCAUCACACACAUGCUGAAGCAGGUGCAGCAGAAUGAGCAGCAUCAGCUGGAGGGUCAUCUGAAAACACAAGGGGAGACGAAGCAAGAGGAGCCCGGUUGCUCUGCAGCUGCAAAAGACGCAGCUGAGGAAGCCCGUGCUGCGCUGUUCUAUGUUCCCCUCGAGUGUAACAGCCCCAACCCAUUCGUGUGUGCUAGCCGGCAGGGGUUAUUGCCGCUCCAUGCUCCACCUACAGAGGAACCUUCAACAACCCCCAUGCAGCUGUCUCCAUCACCUGUUGCCGGCUUCCAGGGGCCACAGCGGCCUUUCAAGCGACCUCGAGAAACGGGUGUAGUGCUUGUUGAGAACCUGCCCUAUGCAGUCACAGACGAGGGCCCUCUGAAGGCUGCCAUGGAACAAUUUGGAGCCGUGAAAUUCGUGUUCAUGCCGAAGGAUAAGGCUGAUCCAACAAGAGGAACAGGGAAAGCAUUUGUGGUGUACGUCGACCCCAAGUGCGCCGCUAAAGCAACGGAAGCGUCUGGGCAGCUGGAAGGAGGAGGCCGCCCUCUUCGGUUUCGCUUGUAUUACGACAAGAUUCCCUUCGAUAGACCUGCUGGAGAGAAGCGGGUGAAGUGCAGCGAUGUGAUCGCCACAGAGCCGCAUGCAGACUGCUGGUUUUGCCUGGCGAAUCCUCAGGUUGAAAAACAUAUGAUUGUAGACAUUGCGGAACGUCUGUACACUGCAGUACCCAAGGGGGGACUCACCUCUUUCCACAUGCUUUUUAUCCCUAUUGCUCAUUUGCCGUCUCUAGCCUAUGCUGACUCAGAAACUCGCAGAGAGGCAGCUGAACUAGUUGCAGCCGCUCGCAAAGCCUUCCACAAACAAAACCUGGACUUGGUCGUGUACGAGCGGUAUGUUCCAAUGAAGACCACCAAGGCGAUGCACUGCCAGCUGCAGGCCAUUCCCUGCGACCGUUAUCAGUCCCUGCGAUCGGGGGAAUUGUUCGAGAAGCGGGCGCGGCGGGCCGGCCUUUCGCUGCAAAAACUUCCCAGCUCUUCGGAUAUAACUGCGCUGUCUGAGUUGGCAAGGGACCCGGACUUGGGGUAUUUCUAUUUGGAGUUACCGGGCGUCUGCACUGCACGAGGCCAAACAAUUGAGAGGUACAUACACGUACAGUCUGGAAGAGAUAGCGGGAAGAUUCCCAUGAACUUCGGAAGGGAAGUUAUGGCGGAGUUGUUAGGAGAGACGGACAAAGUCAACUGGCAGAGUUGUCUUGUCCCAAAGGACCAAGAGGCGAGGCUAGCUGCUGAGCUCCGUCAAAUUGUGACAGCCAGCUAG